CUCGCAGCGCGUUUCCCAGCGCAUUAUUCUAAAAUACAAGGAAAAUAUAUAUUUAGAUAUUUGAGCAUAGUUUUGAAUUUGUAGUGCAGCGCCUGUACAUUCCGUUCUGCACGGAAGUCAAAAUGGUCAAUGAGCUGAAUAAACCCCAAGAUAAUGCCGCGUUGAGCGAGAUUCUGGCGGCUUCCAAUCGACAGCUACAGGAAAUGCAGGAGGAGCAUCGCCAACUUCAGGCCGAAUUAACGCGUUUAAGUGCGCAGCGCCAACAACUGAGAAUGGCCACCAGAGAGCAGGUAUCGGAGAGCAUUGAAACCAGAGUUGAGUCGAGUUCUGGGACGGAGUGUGCAGCUUCUUCUGAGGGAGCUGCUGCGGUGCAAACAAAUGUCACAGCCGAUGACAAAGGCAAUGCAAGCGACGAGGACAAAGAAGAAACCGCCAAUUAUCUGCAGCAAAAGCUAGCGGAAAUUGCGAAUUUGAAGGCGCAAUUCAAACGCGUGCAGCAAAUAACCGACUCUACGAAGCUCAUAGAGCAGCAUAUGUCCAGCAUGGAGUCGAAAACUUCGUCAUCCUCGACCGUGCAGCAGAGUAGGCAAACCAUGACGGCGCAGUCUGUACAAUCCAGCAGCAGCAGCACUAGGGGCAGCGCCUUGUCCUCUGAGACGGCAACAUCUGUAGAACCCACAUCAGGAUCCGUGCCGGACAAUGCCGAACUGCUGAAUGCAAUGAUUAAUAUGGUAACAGAUUUUACCAGUGAUUUGCGCGGCCAAGAGGAGAGUUUGCGGACGGAACGUCUACGGAUAAAAACCUUAAAGGAGGAAAUUAUACAGCGCAAACAGGGCAAAUAGAAUAACACUUAAUUCAAUCAUUAUUUCCUUGCUGAAUAACUUAUAUAUACAUAUGUAAUAAAUAUUGAUCCAAUUAUAA